UUAGGGAGAAGGUCAUAAACAAUAAUAGAAGAAGAGUUUUGAGGAAAUCAAAUUAUUAAAAUAUUGGUCGCAUAAAAUGAGAAAAAAUAAAUAGUUACUCUAAAGCCUGUCGUGGUAUUUUGUACAGCAGUGAAAUAGACGAUUAGUGAUUCAAAGAUAAUGUGUCAUGUAGGCUAUCUGAGGUGACACCGUAAACAGAUACGGUGUUUCAACAUCAUCUGCAGCUGUGAGCUCACUAACCAGGAAGCAGCAGCUCCUAUUCCGGAGAAAACACACCUGUGAAAUAAGAUCUCGAAGGUGGAUACCUGCUUCCACCUUCUGCCCUGAGCCGAUGGGACGACCGGGAGUAACGGAUCGUCUAUAGAUCUCAUCCGUAACGUUAGACGGCGGUGAUGAAGGCAGGUUGCCGCCGGGAACUAACCAUACGUCUCUCUGUCAGCUGUUUGUCCCGUUGUGUCGGUCUAAUUUAACAUUAUCAUCACGUCAGGUUUGCGGGUUUAGCUUUUUUAUUACAGCUGCUUUAGGUCGUUGCCAUGCUGUUGUCACAUUUGGAGGUAUGGAGAACAUGUUGGGAGUGUGUUUCCAGACCUUACACAGUACUCCUCUGCUCCCUCACGGCCGCAUUGUACUAUCUGUGGGGCCGCAAGAGUCAGACACCAGCCCUGGUUUGUAGCAAGGCAUUCAGUGUGUUCCUCCACAAGCACUGUCCUGUGGUGGCUGAGAGAUUCAGUCCCACGCCAUGGUGCUGGGGAGGCCGGUUUCAAACCCUGGUCUGUGCCCUCAUCAAGUCCAGACCUGCCGUCGCUUAUCGCACUGAGCUCAUCCGUACAGUUGAUGGUGGUCAGAUUUCUCUGGACUGGUUGGACAAUCAGGCCAGUAAGGCCUACCCAGAAUCCUCGACUCGCCCCACAGUGCUGAUCCUCCCUGGCCUGACAGGGAACAGUCAGCAAUCCUACGUGCUCCAUGCUGUUUGCCAGGCCAGUCGCCACGGCUACAGAUGUGUGGUCUUCCACAAUAGAGGGUUUGGAGGGGAAGAGUUGCUUACGCCUGUUACCUACUGCGCAGCCAGUACCUCAGAUCUUGAGUGUGUGGUGGAUCAUGUCAAAGGACUUUAUCCAAAAGCUCCUGUGCUUGGUGCUGGUGUGUCUAUGGGAGGCAUGUUACUAUUAAACUACUUGGCCCGUAAGCGCACAGAGUCAGGUAUGGUGGCAGGAUUUACCAUCUCUGUCCCCUGGGAUGCGCAGAAGUCCUCUGUUUCCAUGGAAGAACCGCUCAACUGGCUGCUGUUCAACAAAUACCUCACCAGUGGCCUGUGUCGUGCUGUCAACAGGCAUAGGAAGAUUCUGGAGAAAGUGGUGGAUGUUGAUUACGUGCUGAAGGCGCGUACUAUCCGGCAGUUUGACGAACGCUUCACCUCGUUGCUGUUUGGUUAUAAAUCUUGUAUGGACUACUACCGCGAUGCCAGCCCAGGAAGAAAACUCCCCAACACAGCAAUACCCAUCUUGUGUCUCAAUGCUGCUGAUGAUCCUUUCUCCCCUCAGCAUGCCUUUCCCUUGACCACAGUCCAAGGUCUGCCUAACGUUGCUCUUGUGAUGACGGACCACGGUGGACACAUAGCCUUCCUGCAGGGUUUGUUUCCGCGUGGCGAGAGCUACAUGGAGCGCCUGUUCAGCCAGUUCGUCCACGCAGUUUUUGAACACCCGACAGACAUCAAGAAAGCUUGUUGCAUCGAGGAAGAAGAGAUGAGCUCAUCUUCUUGCUGAAUACCAGAAUGACUGCAUGAAUGAAUUCAAGUGAAGCAGUAGAACAACAGAUUACAACAAAUUCCAUCGCUUAGCUUUGCAUGGCAUGCUGCUAUCACAGAAAUGUCUUGGUCGCUUGCGUAGAGAAUGACCAACUGUAUUGUACAAUCACAUGACCUCACUGCAGCUAUGUGAAUCUACCUCGCCGUCUCGUCUCAGGUUCUCUUUCAGCGAGCAAUUAAGGUUUAAAAAAAGUAGACGAUUCCGAAAUCAAGCUGUGAACACUACUACAUCAAGUAUUUUAAAACAUUUAGAUCAAACUGACAAGCUGAUG